GUGAUGCUCUCAGGACUUAAAUAGGUGUGACCUGCUGGUUGAGCGAUAAGUGGGAGUGAGAGCAGUUCAAUCUACCGUCUGAACAUGUCUGAGCCUAUUAGAGUUCUGGUGACCGGCGCUGCUGGGCAGAUUGCCUAUUCCCUGCUGUUCAGCAUUGCCAAGGGAGAUGUCUUUGGCAAAGAUCAGCCAGUCAUCUUGCUCCUUUUGGACAUUACACCCAUGUUGCCGGUCCUGGAGGGUGUCGUCAUGGAGCUGCAGGACUGUGCCCUCCCACUUCUGAGAGAGAUUGUCCCCACUGACAAGGAGGAGGUGGGCUUCAAGGACCUGGACGCCGCCAUCUUGGUUGGCUCGAUGCCCCGCAGGGAAGGCAUGGAGAGGAAGGACCUGCUCAAGGCCAACGUGGCCAUCUUCAAGAGCCAGGGAUCCGCCCUGGAGAAGUACGCCAAGAAGACUGUCAAGGUGCUGGUUGUAGGAAAUCCAGCCAACACCAACUGCCUGAUUGCAGCCAAGUCUGCUCCCUCCAUCCCCAAAGAGAACUUCUCCUGCCUCACCCGUCUGGACCACAACAGGGCCCGCUCUCAGGUGGCGAUGCGCUGUGGCGUCCCUGCAACCAAUGUGAAGAAUGUGAUCAUCUGGGGCAACCACUCGUCCACCCAGUACCCCGACGUGCACCACUGCCUGGUCAAAAUGCCCAGCAGCGAGCUCGCCUGCUUUGAUGCCGUCAAAGAUGACGCCUGGCUCAAAGGAGAUUUCAUCGCUACAGUGCAGCUGAGAGGCGCUGCCGUCAUCAAGGCCAGGAAGCUGUCCAGCGCCAUGUCUGCAGCCAAGGCCAUCUGUGACCACAUGAGAGACAUCUGGUGCGGCACCCCUGAGGGUGAGUUCAUCUCCAUGGGGGUUUACUCCUCUGGGAACAGCUAUGGAGUCCCUGAAGACCUUAUCUACUCAUUCCCUGUCCAGAUCAAGGGGAAGUCCUGGAAGAUUGUGGAGGGUCUGACCAUCAACGAGUUUUCCCGAUCAAAAAUGGAGGCCACAGCAGCCGAGCUGAUCGAGGAGAGAGACACAGCUGUGUCCUUCCUGGGAGUGUGACUAGGCCCGGCAAAGCCCACCAACCAACACUUAGACAGACCCAACACUCCGGACGCACGCCUGUGAUAAAGCACUCCAUAAAUCCCUGCAUUACUUUGUGUGUGUAUGUAUAGGAGAGUGAGUCAGUGUUUAUGAGUGUAAAGAUGGAAUUACACGUGUGCGUUGGGAAGCUAACCCUUUGCACCCUUAUGUGCACCUUUUUCAAAAAUGUAAAUCAGCUACAGAGCUCUCGGACGGAGACAGUAAUGGGUUGAUUGUACGUUCAUUCACACAUUUAAUGGUUGUGUACAUUUUCUGUCUACUUUGGCUAUUGCAAAGCAUAUUGUUUAUUUAAAAGACACACGAGACUCUUCACUACGCACAAGUAUAACUCUAUAUUAAAAGUCCACCAAAUUUGUUACAAGCUAUUUUACAAUAAUUUUUCUCCAAGUGAAACAUGGAUGGUUGUUACAUUUAGUCAAUGAUGUACUAAGUCCUCCAACACUGGGAUGGAUAACUUUUAAACCAAAUAAUAAAAUAUUAAAAACUCCA